AUGGAGCUCCUUGGGAUUGAAGAACGUGUUCGGUCUUACAUCCAGACUGUAACGCUGAAGGCCACUCUGGAGAGCAUGUUUGUUGAGUACAAACAUGGCUUCAGUGAAAUCCUGGACUCUGCAAAUUUCUAUAAAGUAUACAAAACAUACACAAAAAUUCGAGCUGAACACAGUAAUCUUGUUUCAGACAGCGUUUUCGAAAAAUCUCGACUUUAUAAACUUGAUAAAAGCAAAUUCGGAUUUACAAUUAUGUCGCAACAAUCAUUUUUUUUGACAAUCUUACCUUGUCUACGUACACUAAUUUUCGUUCCCUUUUCUUACUAUUCUGACUUUUUAAUAGAAGCUAGACAUGGUUUCAACAAACAAACAGUGACGUUUUUUAUUAAAGACAAAAUAAAAAAAUUGUUGUUGAUUUUAUUUUUCGGGAUUUUUAUUGGGGUGGUUACACUCUUUAUAAUAAAUAAAACUGGAGAAUCAUUUGCGAAUUAUUUAACACAAUUCGUUUUUAUUGUCAAUUUAUUUUAUAUAUAUGGAGAGUUUAUAGCUCCUUUAUUUGAUACUUUUCGUGAAUUGCCACAGUCAGAGUUGCGUACAAGAAUUGAAGAUUUGGCCUCUUCUUUGAACUUUCCCCUUCAUAGACUUUUUGUGGUUGAAGAACUAUUGAAUAUAUUAAUGGUCACUGCGACUAGAUAUAACGAGUUUGGAGCUGACAGAUUUUCUACAAUGAUUGGAUAUGGGGAUUACUUACAAUCUGCAUUAAAAAAAUUGUAUCGAAAUAAUUUGUCGUUUAUUUACGAUGAUUGGUUAUAUGCCAAAUUGAAAUAUACACAUCCACCAUUGAUUGAGAGACUCGAUGCAAUAAUCAAUGAUUCCAAAAAGAUUUCUUAG